GGCUUCCAAAGCAGCUGAGUCAAGGACCUUAAGGAAUGUCACGCAGUAGUUGCUGACCUAACUGACACUGAAAGGAACAGAAGAAGAUGGCAAUCCAUAUUUGAAAUAAACGUGUGGACUCUGAUAAAAAACCAUGUCAAAAAAAGGACGGAGCAAGGGCGAAAAGCCUGAGGCACUGAUUGUUGCCCUACAGGCUGCCAAUGAGGACCUCAGGACCAAGCUAACAGACAUUCAAAUUGAGCUGCAUCAGGAGAAAUCUAAGGUUGCUAAGCUCGAAAGAGAAAAGACUCAAGAAACGAAGCGCAUCCGUGAAGUGGAGCAACGCAAGCAGACCGUGCAGAUCACAGAGCUAAAAGCCAAACUCCAUGAAGAGAAAAUGAAGGAGCUGCAGGCGGUGAGGGAGAACCUCAUCAAACAGCACGAGCAGGAGAUGACGAGAAUGGUGAAAGUCCGAGACAGUGAAAUCCAGCGCCUGAAGUCGGCGCUGUGCGCGCUGCGGGAUGGGAGCAGUGAUAAAGUACGGACUGCGCUGACCAUUGAGGCUCGUGAGGAGGCCAGGAAACAGUUUGACUCUGAGCGCCUGAAGCUUCUGCAGGAAAUUACUGAACUGAAGUCUGCCAAAAAGCAGGUGGAUGAGGCCCUUAACAAUAUGAUCCAGGCUGACAAGAUCAAGGCAGGUGAUCUUCGGAGUGAGCAUCAGUCCCACCAAGAGGCCAUUUCCAAGAUCAAAUGGGAGAGUGAAAGGGAUAUUCGACGCCUGAUGGAUGAGAUCAAGGCUAAAGACAGGAUCAUAUUUUCAUUGGAGAAAGAACUGGAGACACAGACAGGCUAUGUGCAGAAGCUGCAGCUGCAAAAGGAAGCUCUGGAUGAACAGCUCUUUUUGGUGAAGGAGGCAGAGUGUAACAUGAGCAGUCCCAAGAGAGAGAUCCCAGGAAGGGCUGGAGAUGGUUCGGAGCACUGCAGCAGCCCUGACUUGCGCAGAAACCAGAAGAGGAUAGCAGAGCUGAAUGCCACCAUACGGAAGCUGGAAGACCGGAACACGUUGCUUGUUGAUGAACGAAAUGAGCUGUUGAAGCGUGUUCGAGAAGCUGAGAAACAAUGUAAACCUCUUCUGGAAAAGAACAAGUGCCUCACGAAGAGAAAUGAUGAACUGAUGCAGUCUUUGCAGCGCAUGGAAGAUAAACUCAAAGCAGUCACUAAAGAAAAUAUAGAAAUGAGAGAAAAAAUAACAUCACAUCCUCCUCUAAAGAAAUUAAGAUCUCUCAAUGACCUGGAUCAGGCUAAUGAGGAACAAGAAACUGAAUUUUUAAAGCUUCAGGUCAUAGAACAGCAGAACAUAAUUGAUGAGUUAACAAGGGACAGGGAGAAACUCAUUCGUCGGAGAAAGCAUAAAAGGAGCUCAAAACCAAUCAAGAGACAUGUGGUGGAUACGGUUUUUGGGUAUGAUGAUGAUUCUAUGGACUCUGAAACAUCCUCUGUGGCCUCAUAUAGAACAGACAGGACACCAGCAACCCCAGAUGAUGAUCUGGAUGAGGGUUUAGCAGCAGAAGAGUCAGAGCUGCGGUUUCGACAGCUGACGAAGGAGUACCAGGCCCUGCAGAGAGCGUAUGCACUGCUGCAGGAACAGGCAGGAGGGGUCAUAGAUGCUGAAAGAGAAGCCAGGGCUCAGGAGCAACUUCAAGCUGAAGUCCAGAGGUAUAAAGCCAAAAUAGAAGAUCUGGAGAAAACUUUGGCUCAGAAAGGGCAGGACUCACACUGGGUGGAAGACAAGCAGCUUUUUAUUAAGAGGAACCAAGAGCUUUUAGACAAGAUAGAGAAAACGGAAGCAGAAAACAACCGUCUGCAACAGGAGCUGCAGGACGCGCGAGACCAGAAUGAGCUGCUGGAGUUCCGCAACCUUGAGCUGGAGGAAAGAGAGAGACGGUCCCCACCAUUUAAUCUCCAGAUUCACCCAUUCUCAGAUGGUGUGAGUGCUCUACAGAUCUACUGCAUGAAGGAAGGGGUUAAGGAUGUCAGCAUCCCAGACCUUAUAAAGCAGUUAGACAUCCUAGGUGAUAAUGGGAAUUUAAGGAAUGAAGAACAAGUGGCCAUAAUUCAGGCUUCUACGGUAUUGUCCUUGGCAGAAAAGUGGAUCCAGCAGAUUGAGGGAGCUGAAGCUGCUCUGCAUCAGAAGAUGAUGGAACUGGAAAGUGAUAUGGAGCAAUUUUGCAAAAUAAAAGGUUAUUUGGAGGAAGAAUUAGACUACAGAAAGCAAGCUCUUGACCAAGCGUACAUGAGGAUCCAGGAGCUUGAAGCCACCUUGUACAAUGCUUUGCAGCAAGAAACAGUGAUAAAGUUUGGGGAACUACUCACUGAAAAACAGCAGGAAGAGCUGAGGACAGCAGUAGAAAAGCUAAGACGUCAGAUGCUGAGGAAGAGCAGAGAGUAUGAUUGCCAGAUUCUUCAGGAGAGGAUGGAGCUGCUCCAGCAGGCUCAUCAGAGGAUCCGAGAUUUAGAAGAUAAAACUGACAUCCAAAAGAGACAAAUUAAGGAUCUGGAGGAAAAGUUUCUAUUUCUGUUCUUGUUCUUCUCUCUUGCCUUUAUUCUUUGGCCUUGAUGUCAAUGUGCCUCUUGGAAAGAGUGCCCGACCACACAGAUAAGUCCUUAUAAAGGCAAAUGCUUCCACCCCUCGAUGAAGAGAAUAUUGUUUACACCUGUUUUCAAAUGUAUAAAAAUGAACAACCUGUAGCCAAGACUGCAACCACCUUGUAUUUUAAAGCCAUCACUCAAAAUUUGUUACCUGACAAUUCCUGUCUAAAGCUAUGAUAUAUGCUGCAUCUAAUGAAAUCCUGUAUGUUGAAAUUACAAAAGGGGAAGAAAAAUAAACUGAUAACCUACAUCACCUAGGAAGAACUUAAAGGGAAGGGACCACUUUCAGCUGAUCAAGUCAGUGUGUCUUGGGCAUGGAACCAAAGUUACAAUUGAAAAAUCUAUUCCUGCUGUGCAGGGCAAUCAUUUAAAUGUUUCCCUGUCAUCUGACAAAUGGAUCAAAAAUGAACAGAUGAGAGUAGGAGAAACUCAAGAGAUGCUGACAACAAAGUGUUCAAUUUGAAGUAUGUGGCUUUCUCGCUGCAGGGACUCCUGCUCUCCCUCUUUGGUUUUAACCUCAGGAACAAAUGACAGCUGCAAUGUGGAAGGAAGAAAGGAAAAAAGCCCCAGUCUGUGUUACUGCAGGGUGGGCAGGACAGAUCACCAUGUUUUGUGCUUGAGAUUGUUACACAGCACCACCUGCCUUGGCCCAGGCAUGGAAGAAGAGGGUGGAUGGCAUAAGGAGGGUUUCCAGUGGAGCUGAAGCCUUAUCUCUCUUCACCAUCCCUCCAUGAAGAACAGCCUGUCUAUUAUCAGAUACUUUUCAUACUCUUUAAAGACUGCCAUUGAGAUAAUAAAACCAAGACUAUACUUGGUUUCACUAUAGAGUAACCACUGAAUUGGACCUACAGAAUAGCUUCUGAGAAAGAAGAGAGAUGUUGGAGGACAGGGCAGGGAGGAAAGCUAAUCCCCUUAUCCAUGUGACAUGAUUCACAAAGCAUCAGCUUCCAACUGUUUUGUCCCAGCUUGGAAAAAAUGUUUUGGUUCAGCUUGUCAACUGACUUUGUUGACUUCCUGACCAAUGAUACAUAGACCGAAAAUGGGGAAAAACAUUGUGAACACAACCUUAUUACAGAUAAGAAAUAUUGCUAGUCUGUUUAGAUUUUUCCACAGUUAAGAGUAACUAAAAGUAGUUUUCAUUUGAAAGCAUUACUUACCUCUGUAAUCAUGAAGCCUGGAACCCAGCCGUGGUGCCUCCCUGAGGUCAUAGGUCCAUGCACCCAUCACUUUGUCAGAAAUGUAGGUCCAUGCACCCCAGCAGUCUUUCAGAAGAGCACUCCCUGAGGAGCACAGUGCCUGCAGCAAUCACUGUGAGUCCUGUGCUGAGGGAAGGAGUGCAGCCAGCUGCACCCACCCUCCCUUUCUCGCUGGUGGGCUGACAGUACACUUCUCAGUGCCUCUGGUUUCAUCUUCUGGGGAACGGAGUCCUGCCUGUUCAGACUUUGGAUUCCUGUGGCCAGGCUCUAUCUGCAAUGGAGCCUUAAUUUUAACUGGAAGAAAUGGAUUUCUGUACUAAAAACUAGAAAAUUAAGGGCCAGAAUACAGCUUGUGCAUUACUUACACCUUCAAAGCAGGGAUCACAUGUACCAACAUCUUACGCACAUCAGAAGCUUUUGAAGAGCUUUCGAAGAGUUUUUCAAAGAUCUUCUCCUUUGCUUGCCUGUUUACUUUUACAGACAAAGCAGCUGAGGCACAAAGCAGUGAGGUUACUUGCUGGAGCAACUCAGCACAUCAAAAGCAGUUCCUUAGCCAUAGGAGGGAGGGAGUUUCUCUGGUGUCAAUGAUGCCUGCCCCUCACAGAUAGCUUUUUUUUUUUUGGCCAGAAUAGCUUUUAAUCAGUAAUGUCCAUUUGACUAACUGCAUUGCAGUUUCUCCACAAAGACUGCUAACAUCCUUAUUCCUUGAGUGCCAGGAGAUAGUGUUAAACCUUCCAUGGAAGAUUAGAAGUUAUUAGCGAGUGAUUUUUUUUUCCUGCUCCUUAAAGUUAAUUUAAAUUAUAGAAUGACCACAUCUUCUUGAAACACUGGCUCAGCCAAGGGGUUUACUGAGUUCUGGCACCAAGCUGUAUGUUUGCUGGCUCAUUUUUAAAGAAAUAUGCUUGUAGGUAGAAAUGUUACAUGACUGCAGGCAUAUUGCGUGUUUUUUUUCAAAUUCCUUUCCCUAGCAGAAGACUCUGUGAAUAAGGUUGUGCUUUCCAUGAGCUAGCAGUUCAGUCCUGGAGCUCUGGAGUUGGGCCCUGAAGAGUGAUCCCACUCCUGUGACAGCUGGAGAUUACUGAGCAGCUUAACAGCAGCUUGUUAGCUAGAGGGAGCUUUCUCUCUGGUUGUUCCUUCCCACCUCACUCUUUUCUCCUCUGUUGCAGCAUCAGGUAAUUUGCCACCUUCAGGUGGCUUUCCUCAGUGUUAGGGCUGGCAGUUAAAGCACUGAGUUCUUGCAGAAGAAUUAGCAGCUCUUGGUUUCAGUGAUGGUGCAAUAACUUCCACGCUGGUUUGGUUUAAAAAAAAAACCCUAGAAACAUUUAUUUCAGGCAAUCAUGCAGAAGGUUUAUGGCACAGUUAGAAAUACACACUUUUACAACAUACCUAACUGGUCUUGUGGCAGGCUUCAUUAUUUAGACUCCCUAAGUCAUGUUAUCUUAUUUAAUUUCUCUUUUUUGUCUAAUUUGCCCUGCCUUGCUCCUGUGUGUAUACAUAUGCAUGCAGGUAUUGCAUUGCCAAGGGUUCAGGGUGGGAUGGGUGCUGGUAGUCUGACUGCAGCAGACCUGGAUCUGCAAACUUUUCAAAGAUUGUUCUUGCCUCCAGGGAGCUGAACCACCGCUGCUUUACUCUCCUUGCAGCAUAACACAUGCCAUGCCUAAAACACACAUGCUGAUGUGAGUUAAAGGAACUUUCUGCUAUCAGCUAGAUAAAAUGAGUUUCAUGUCUGUGUGUAUAUAUAUAUAUAUAUACACAUGUAUCUAUAUGUAUAUGUACAUAUAUAUACAUAUAUAUGCAUAUACUUACCAAUUCCUGAUUGUAUAUAGAAAUAUUGCUGUAGCUUACAAAAGUAUACUUUAAUCUAGGCAUGGGGAACUGAAUCCAGAUUAUUCCUCCAGGUUUACUUUCACAUCUCAUGGGCAGCUAAUUUUUUGAUUCUUUUUUUCUGGACCCGUCACUCUCCUUUGACUGUUAAUCCUGGGCUUUCUGCUGUUCCUGAUGUUCAUUGAAGCAAAGGAUUGAGAAUCCUCCCUCAGAUUAGUGACUGUAGCCAACCUCCCCUCCCCAAAGCCAACAACAAAAAUAAAAUCAAUGUACUGCAGCCUUUGAGGACAGCAAAUACAGCCCUGGAUCCCUCCCGUGCAUCCCGUCAAGGCUGUUCAGGAGUGGCAGCACUCCAGGCUAUCCAUCCUGCCAAAGCACAAGGUGAGCCACAGAAGGUAGUACAAAUCAGCUUGACCACAAUUGACUUGCUUUUUUUUCCCCCCAGUGACCAAGUUAUGAGACUUCGAAGACUAUUUUUUGAAUUUAAACACUUCAGAUGAGGGCCUGGUUACAUGAGAUGAGUUUAGGCAAUUGGGGUUGCAGUAAGGAAAUGGUACUUCUUGCAGUGUUACCAGCAUGGCUCACAGGUCCAUCCUUUCUUACUGAUGUGCCUGGAGGACAAUGGAGAUUUUUUUUUUUAGGUGUUGUUAAUCGUCCAACCACCUACCAUUAUGUCAGUGGGAAACAUCCGCUGAAACCCGAAGCUUUCAGUUCUAUGGCAUCCCAUGAGGACUGUCCAGGCCAGGCUCUCCUGACAUGAGCAGGGCUCAGAGAACACUCAGCUGCUGGUGAUCCAAAGGGUUUUUUCUUCCCCUGCCCUCUCUCACAUCAGCACCUCUGUGGUUUUAUAUAUACUUUUUGUUCCAGAUUUUUUUGGUGUCUAUUCCAGAACAAAAUUGUAAAUUACUUGCAGAAUGACCCUUUGAUAAACAUUGGACAUGUACCUGUACUAUAUGUAUUAACGUGUAGGAGAGAAUCCUUAUUGUAUGUAAAGUUUUAUGAAUGGUUAUUUUUUAAUUUAUGUAUUUAAUAUAGGAUUCAAUGACCUCUGGUGUUUUAGUUUGUAUAAAAAAUAAAACAGCAGCAUUUUUAAAAAAAAAAAA